CUUGAAUAGAAUGUAGGUACUAUUACUUGUAUCAAAAUGGCUGCCGUUGUUGCCUCCCACGAGCCUGAAUACCUGUCCAGCUGAAGUAUGAUACUCAGGUACUUAAGAUUGUCCAGUGCACCUCAGCUCAAGACUCGCAGGUGUGGGGUAGGCGCUACAGAUAUCUAACCUACCCUCUUCCCGAUAAUGGUACUCCUUAACCAUCCUUAAACAUUUCUAGUCAAUGGAAUGGAAGAAGCAGAGGCGACGCAAUUUCUAGAGUCCCUCCUGGGCAAAACUCUACAUGUGACCGUAUCAGACGGACGCCUUUUCACGGGCAGAUUCCAAUGUACGGACAGUGACAGCAACAUCAUCCUAUCCAAUGCGUUCGAAUACCGCGUGCCGUCCAAAUCCACAGAGAAGGCUGCCAUUGAUGAGGUCAAAGCAACUGGUCGACCUAUCAAAGCUGACAUGACUUCGAGAUUUGUCGGUCUGAUUGUGAUACCCGGGAAGCAGAUCAUGAAGAUGGAAGUAGAAGAGAAGCGAGACUGGCCUGCGGGUGGUGGGCAGCCUUUGUCGAUUCGGACCAGGUCGUGAAACUGAGCCUCUCUCCGGUUCUGUUUGUGUAGUCCAAUAUUGGCUGGCUCCAAGGGGCUUGUUUCGUGUUUGGAUGGAGGAACGUUUUGGGUUCGGAAUAAGCGAUCGGUAGACACGGGGACUACAGGAAACAAACGUCUCAUCACCCACACGCUCGGUGCCAGAGUGAGUCUGUGACCGUCGAGUUGCAAUACUAUUGAUUUGAACAUACCAAA